CUUAACAUCUUUUAGCCUAUCUGUAAAGGAUAUCAGAGGGCAAGUUUCUGUCAUGAAAUAGAACUAAUCAACUUAGUUGAAUUUAUAUUUAAGGCAAGGUUAGCCUUCAUUAAGACACCUUCAGAAGCAGUGGUCAGCUGUGCUCUUCACUUGUCUCUGAGGAGCUUCUGCAGCAGAAGACAGAAGGUCUAGAUGGUUCGCUCGUCGGCAGGGCCAAAACAGUCUGUAUAGAAGCUAACUCUGUCAGAGGCAAGGGAGAUCCAUGACAAAUCCAGUGAUGGCUGUGAACCCUUUACUGACUGCAGCCGGGCAGCAGAGGAUCCCACUGAUUCCCUCACCGUUUGGACCUCCAGUUGUGGACAGAGAUACUUUGCCUUCUGUUGUACCAACUGAUCCAAGACAGUUUUGUGUUCCUUCCCAAUACGGAUCAUCUGUUCUACCCAACACAAAUGUGCCAAACAUGCUGCCCAAUCCCGGCUACUCAGGUUGGGGCAUUGUACCAUCUGAAUCCAUAAAGGCAGUGACCAGAAGGAAUGAAAUGAUUCAAAGGCACCAUAAUGCCAGAUCAGAACUAGAAAUGUAUGCGAUUUACCAGCAAAGGAGAAUGGAAAAAGUGAAUCCCAAGGGACUAGCUGCCCUAGGGGUACCAUUUCUUUAUGGUUCCGGCAUCCCUUCUGGCCCAGUGGCUUUCCACGGCAGGAGCAUGCUCCCUGCCAGCGACCUGCACUUUCACAGAAGCGCCCUCAGGCACCUUCCGGAAAACCCCAUCCUCAUGGCAACCAGACCUCACCUUCUAGAGAACUGGAGACAGAAAUACCGGUCCAGGAGAGGCACCGGGAGUCAAAAACCUCUGGACAGUGACACUGAGAGUUCCAAAAGUCAAGCAGAGGAAAAAGUCCUCGGCCAGAUGCCUGCAGUUCCCUAUGAAGAGGAUGAGUACGCGAAAGGUCCAGAGAUUGAGAUAUGCCACAGUCAGAAGUCAAGCGAAACCAGUGAAAAGACAACACCACCUCUCACCAACCCCUGUGCAGCACUCCAGCCCACCCCUAAAAAACCCUGGGGUGUUCACUCCGCGCCCCUGGGAAAGGCCUGGGACUGUGGGAAGGAGGAGGCUGCAGAGCAGGCGUCUGAAGAGGGCGGUGAGAAGAGCAGGGUUUGCUCUUCGGUUCCUCCGCUGGGUCUGCCUGGAACACAUGUCCUUUUUCUACCUGGGGAAAACCCUCCUUUGGAUGAAGAUAUUCAGAAAUGGACCGUAGAUGACGUUCACAACUUCAUCAAAAGCCUCCCAGGCUGUUCAGACUGUGCCCAGGUAUUUAAAGAUCAUGCAAUUGAUGGAGAAACUUUGCCAUUACUCACAGAGGAGCACCUCCGAGGCACCAUGGGACUGAAGCUGGGGCCAGCGCUAAAAAUUCAGUCACAGGUAUCUCAGCAUGUGGGAAGUAUCUUUUACAAGAAAACUCUUUCACUUCCUACUCACACAAGACAAGCAUUGGAUCAACCAGCAGAUAUAUCCCCUCUUUUGGAUUUUAAUUCCUGGAGUGAUACGUUGAGCAUUCCUUGUUCACAGGAUUCAUAAUUCUUCCAAGAAUUGAGGCAGAUUGUAUGAGAAGUUGAAGACCCGUAAAGACCAAGAACAGCUGGUGGAUGUACUUCCAUGGCAAGCACCUGCCUAACAAGUACAAGAUUCUAAAUUCGAUUCCCAGUACAAAAAAACCCAAGAACAAUCUUCAUCAGUUGUCAAAAAUAACCUAAGAAUAUUAGCAAGGACAUAUUAGAGGACAAAAUGGAGAGAGAGAGAGGGACAGACAGACAGACAGACAGACAGACAGAAACCAGCCUUCUUAGGACUGUUGUAGAAGAGGCUCAAACACCCAGCUUCCUUCCAGGGCUGCAGUGAUUCCAGUACCAAGAGGCUAGAGAAUUCAUAAAGAAAGCUGCAGGAUGUUUCUAAGCAGAAGACUCCAAAGAAACCAAAAGAGAUGAAAGUGGGGGGAAAAAAAUCCUUUUUAUUCCACUCAUUUCCCAUCACCUGACUCUGACAGAGACAAGGACUGGGGUCUGAAGGACACAGAAGAGAAGGUGGAGAAAGACAUGACAGAAAGUGGAAAAGCUGGCCCUAGGCUUCCUCACAGAAGUAUGCAGCUUCAAGCUGGCCCACCUAGAAAAUGGAGGAAGCCUUAACCUUAAAGUUUCAAGCUUGGACUGUGAUAAAAACAGCAUGAUACUGGGAAAAACAAACACACACACACACACACACACACACACACACACACACACACACACAAACCCCAAGGAUCAAUACAACAGAUUAGAAGAUGUAGAAACAGCUGCAGACAUACAUAGCUACCUUAUCUUUGACAAAGGUGUCAAAUAACUUCACUGGAAAAAAAGCCUCUUUAAUAAAUAGUGCUGGAAAAACUGACUUUCCAUUUGCCAAAGAUUAAAACUAGACCCAUAUCUUUUGCCAUGAACUACACUAAAAUCAAAUGGAUCAAAUAUCUAAAUAUUAAAACAGAGAAACUAAAUCUUUUGGAAGAUAGAAUAGGUAGAACUCUUGGAGACCUUGUAUAUGCAAAGACUUUAUGAACAAAACUCCAAUCACACAGGAACUAGCACAGAGAUGCAACAACUGGGAUCUCAUCUUAUUAAAAAGCUUUUAUGCAACAAGAGAAACCACCAACAGAGUGAAGAUACAACCUACAAUGUAGGAAAAAUUUUUGGCAGCUGUUCCUCAGACAAAGAACUACUGUCUAGAAUAUAUAAAGAACUCAAAAUAGAUGCCCCUCAAUUUAAAGACUCAACUAAAAAUGGGCAUCUGAAAUGACUUUCUCAAAUAAAUAUAUGAAAAUAUGUUCAACAUCAUUGAUCAUUUGAAAAAUUCAAGUUAAAACAACACUGAGAUCCUAUCUUACUUUGGAAAGAAUGGCUGCUAUCAAGAAAUCAACCAAUACCAAAUGCUGGAGGAAAAAAGGAAACUUUUCCACUGCGGGUAGGAAUGUGAGCUGGUGAAACCAUGCUGGAGGUCAAUGUGGAGAUUACUCAAAAAACUAGGACUGGAGGUUCCAUUCAACCCAGCUACUGCCCUUCUUGGUAGCUUCCUGAAGGAAUUAAAAACAUCAUACCAUAGUGAUAUAUGCAUACCCAUGUUUAUGGAAGCACAGUUUGUAAUAGCUAAAUCUUGGAAAUAGCCCAAACCCAUCGGCUGAUGAGUAGAUAAAGAAUAUUUUUUAAAAAAAUACUACUCUACCAUAAAGAAGGAUAAGCUUGCGACAUUUCUAGCUAAAUGGAUGUGCCUUUAGGCCAUUCUCAUAAGAACAUGUGUAAACACUGCAUUGUUUCUCUAGUGUGAGAAACCGAAAGUAUAAAUAAGGAUCAAAAUGUAUGAUAGAUACUGUGAUAUAGGAAGAAAAUGUUCAAAUGGAAAGGGGAACUAGGGAUGAGGGAAACGGGAAGGAAAGGGAAAGAAAAAAACAUGAGAAAAGAAAGAAAACAUGGAAACGAAGCUUUUGGGGAAAAAAAAAGGAGGGAAGGGUCCAGGGAUAUAACUCAGUGGAAUAAGCGCCUGCCUGAAAAGUGCGAGGUCCUGAGUUUGAGUUCCAGUACCCACCAAAAAAAAAAAAAAAGGAAAAAGGAGAUUGAAGAGAAGGGUAAAGGAGUGUAAAAAAAUUAAAUUGUGUCUUGUACAGGUACAAAUUCCCUGUAAUGAAGAGAUCAUUAUGUAUACCUAAAAUGUACCAGGAAGUGUAAUUUUAAAAAUAAAUAAAAUAAAAUAUAAAAAAGCUUGAG